UACAUGUAUAAAAAAGUAAUCUACAAAUAUUUAAAAUAAAAAAAGUAAAACGAAUAUAUAUUAUAUGAACAUGUUUAGUAAUAAAAAGAAUAAUUUACCACCAAGACCUCGUAUUCCAAAUUCUGAACAUAUGUUAGAAGAUCUUAAUAAUUCUUCUAUAGAUGACAUAGCAUUUAAAAUAAUUCGUAAAGAUGAAAUUUCUGGAGAAAAUUUAAUGAACGCAAAUACUUCCGAUACAUAUCAGAAAGUAAAAAUGUAUUUACACAUAAAACAACAGUUAAAAUAUUUGGAAACUACUCUUGAAGGCAAAGAACAACAACUUAAAACUAAUAAUGAAGAAAUAAAAAGACUUGCAGAUAAUAUUAAAGAACAAGCACAAGCUGCAUUAAUAACAUAACUGCAUGCAAGUAAUCCCUGGAUUAGUCAGUGGUUAGUGACAAAUACCUAUGUUUUAGAAAAAUAUACACAUAAGGUAUAUCAGACUUAGCAAAAGAUUUCUAUGAACUAGUUAAUCUACAUAAAUGAAAAGGUUCUUUACAGAAAUACAAUUGUACCUCCACCAAAAAAACAUAUAUUAUGUGUUGAUCUUUAUUUAUAACAUUUGUAACAAUAAUAUAAAAGUGCUUUACAUUUGUUUUAUAUAAAAGUAGAAUAAUUCUGUUCAUUUACAGAUUAAGUAUUUUCAAACGGAAUAUAAAAGUAUACAAUAUAUUAAUUAUACUUUUUACAUAAUAUGAUAUGUUCAAUUAGGACGGAAUUCAGAUAUAUAUUUAGAUUAAUUGUUGUAUGUUUUUUUAUAACAUUAAUAACGAUCAAGUAUUCGCA